AUGGCUGACUUUCAGGAUUUUUGGCCCAUAAUAGACCCUGAAUCACUGGCUGUGUGGAUGGCCUCCUCCGAGGUGGACCAGAAGGCCCUUGGCAACUUCGCUGCCAUGACCAACAUCAACAACCCUUUCCUGUCGGCGAUGUUAUACAAGGUCUUGGGGUUAUCUGUUAUGCUGUCGAAGAAACUUCUCCGUGCUCGUCGAUUACGUCGUCUGGAUCCUACUCGGGAGACGAAAUCACUUCAGUUGUACCAUCAUAUUAUAUGGCUUUCACGCGAGGGUCUCUUGCUUUUAGAGGGGUUUGUCCUCCCCAUGGUCGACACCUAUGUGGAACUGAAGGUUCUUGCAUACAAAUUACGAGCGUCAUUUUACCACAUAUUCGUUCUAUUCCAUAACCAGCCUGCUGUUCACAGUCCAGGGAUUGUCAAUCUUCCGAGCAAUACUGUAUCGAAUGGUGACUCAGAUCAAGUGUCACCUAAAGGGUCGAGGUUUUCUUUCAAGCCAAGGCCCGACAUAAUCAUUCCUACGCAGGACCAAGAUGUGUCUGCAGCAGGUAACACUACUCAGCGCCCACCGGGACUUGCACCUGUUCAAUCAUCGAAACCAGCGUCGUCUUUCCUUCUACCCGCACUCGACUACACGCCAACUGCAACUGCAUGUUUCAUUCAUGCCGCCGUGCUGGCCGAAAAGCUUCUUCCUGGCUCCCACCCUCUCCGGCUGUCCGUCAAGCUUGAAUACGCCGCAUAUCUCUACGACUGUCUCCACGACCCAACAGCAUGUCGACGACUGGCCAAACAGGCCAUCGCAGAUGUAUACAAUGCGCGGGAGGGCAUGGAUGACGAGAGCUUCGAGGAUGCAGCAGAGAUUGUUGGAGUUUUAGGGAAAAUGGUCAAACGUAAAGGGAAGACGAAUAGCAGUGGGGGAAACACUACAUCUUCGGGCACAACACGCGGCGAAAGCUCCAGAAGCGAAAACAGUCGAACACCACCGCCAAAACAGACAACCCACGAGGUGCCAGCGAAGACGCGGCCUAAAGCUGGUGGUGAGGUGCCUCCUGCUGUGCCAAGUCCGACCAUGAUGAAUCCUAUAUGA